GUGGGCGGGCCGUGGCGGGUGGCUGUGGCGGCGGCUGAGCGGUGGCCGCGGUGGCAGCGGAGGGGAGCCCCAUGGUGCGGGUGCGCGGGCCCUGGAGGCUGAGCGAGGCGGCGCCGCCAUGGGCUCCCUCUUCCGCAGCGAGAGCAUGUGCCUGGCGCAGCUCUUCCUGCAGUCGGGCACGGCCUACGAGUGUCUGAGCGCGCUGGGCGAGAAGGGCCUGGUGCAGUUCCGAGACCUCAACCAAAAUGUAAGUUCUUUUCAAAGAAAAUUUGUUGGUGAGGUAAAGAGGUGUGAAGAACUAGAACGAAUAUUGGUGUACCUGGUGCAGGAAAUCACCAGAGCUGAUAUCCCCCUGCCUGAGGGAGAGGCCAGUCCUCCCGCACCACCUCUUAAACAUGUUCUAGAAAUGCAGGAACAGCUGCAGAAGCUCGAGGUGGAGCUCAGAGAAGUCACCAAGAACAAGGAGAAGCUGAGGAAGAACCUGCUGGAACUGGUGGAGUAUACCCACAUGCUUAGGGUCACAAAGACCUUCAUCAGACGGAAUGUGGAGUUUGAGCCCACGUAUGAAGAGUUUCCCGCCUUAGAGAGUGACUCUCUGUUGGACUACAGCUGCAUGCAGCGGCUGGGCGCCAAGCUGGGAUUCGUUUCUGGCCUGAUUCAGCAAGGCAAAGUCGAAGCAUUUGAAAGAAUGCUGUGGCGGGCCUGCAAAGGGUACACCAUUGUGACCUAUGCAGAGCUGGACGAGUCUCUGGAAGACCCCGAGACGGGUGAAGUCAUAAAGUGGUAUGUGUUCCUGAUCUCCUUCUGGGGAGAGCAGAUCGGCCACAAGGUUAAGAAGAUAUGUGACUGUUACCACUGCCACAUUUACCCAUAUCCGAACACGGCUGAGGAGCGCAGGGAGAUUCAGGAGGGGCUCAAUACCCGGAUCCAAGACCUUUACACGGUGCUGCACAAAACGGAGGAUUACCUGAGGCAGGUGCUGUGCAAAGCUGCCGAGUCAGUGUGCAGCCGUGUGAUUCAGGUGAGGAAGAUGAAAGCCAUCUACCACAUGCUCAACAUGUGCAGCUUCGACGUCACCAACAAGUGCCUCAUAGCUGAGGUCUGGUGCCCCGAGGUGGACCUGCCAGGCUUGCGCAGAGCACUGGAGGAAGGCUCGAGAGAGAGCGGAGCUACAAUCCCCUCGUUCAUGAACACAAUCCCUACGAAAGAAACGCCUCCCACUCUGAUCCGCACCAACAAAUUCACUGAAGGUUUCCAGAACAUCGUGGAUGCCUAUGGUGUCGGGAGCUACAGAGAAGUGAACCCAGCUCUCUUUACCAUCAUCACUUUCCCGUUCCUCUUUGCGGUGAUGUUUGGUGACUUCGGGCACGGCUUUGUCAUGUUCCUGUUUGCCCUCUUACUGGUGUUGAAUGAGAAUCACCCCAGACUCAGCCAGUCACAAGAGAUUCUUAGGAUGUUCUUUGAUGGCCGGUAUAUCCUGCUGCUGAUGGGGCUGUUCUCUGUGUAUACCGGCCUCAUCUACAACGACUGUUUCUCCAAGUCUGUGAACCUCUUUGGCUCUGGGUGGAAUGUGUCUGCCAUGUACAGCUCCAGCCACUCUCCAGAGGAGCAAAGGCAGAUGGUGCUUUGGAAUGACAGUACCAUCAAGCACAGCAGAACUUUGCAGCUGGACCCGAACAUCCCUGGAGUUUUCCGAGGCCCCUAUCCUUUCGGAAUUGAUCCUAUUUGGAACCUGGCCACAAACCGCCUCACGUUCCUCAACUCCUUCAAGAUGAAAAUGUCUGUGAUUUUAGGAAUUUUUCACAUGACUUUUGGUGUCAUACUGGGAAUAUUUAACCACUUGCACUUUAGGAAGAAGUUCAAUAUCUACCUGGUCUCGGUCCCUGAGAUCGUGUUCAUGCUCUGCAUCUUUGGGUACCUGAUUUUCAUGAUCAUUUACAAGUGGCUGGCAUACUCGGCGGAGACCUCCAGAGAGGCCCCCAGCAUCCUCAUCGAGUUCAUUAACAUGUUCCUCUUCCCAGCCAGUGAGACACAUGGGCUCUACCCAGGGCAGGCACACGUCCAGAGAGUGUUGGUGGCUCUCACUGUGCUGGCUGUCCCCGUGCUCUUCUUAGGAAAGCCACUGUUUCUCCUGUGGCUGCACAACGGGCGCAGUUGCUUUGGCAUGAGCCGGAGCGGUUACACACUCGUGAGGAAGGACAGCGAGGAAGAGGUGUCUCUGCUGGGCAGCCAGGACAUAGAAGAGGGGAACAACCGCAUGGAAGAGGGCUGCCGAGAAAUGACCUGUGAGGAGUUUAACUUUGGGGAGAUCCUGAUGACACAGGCCAUCCACUCCAUCGAGUACUGCCUUGGCUGCAUCUCCAACACUGCGUCUUACCUGAGGCUGUGGGCACUCAGCCUGGCACAUGCACAGCUCUCUGAUGUGCUGUGGGCCAUGCUGAUGCGUGUGGGCCUGCGUGUGGACACCACCUAUGGGGUCUUGCUGCUGCUGCCUGUCAUGGCUUUCUUUGCAGUUUUGACCAUUUUUAUCCUUCUGGUCAUGGAAGGGCUUUCUGCGUUUCUCCAUGCCAUACGGCUUCACUGGGUAGAGUUUCAGAACAAAUUCUACGUUGGUGCAGGCACCAAAUUCGUUCCUUUCUCCUUCAGUCUGCUCUCCUCCAAGUUCAGUAAUGAUGACAGCAUAGCAUGAUUGCACGCUGCAGCCGGCCCGCUUUCUGAUCGAUGGAGACCUAUCAUGUUAAAGAAUUCACUCAAGUCAAAAUGUACGGCAGGAAAGUUCCACCCUCGUUGAUUGCCUUACGAUUCAGCCAAAUGGCUCUGGAAGAUACGCCUCUCCCUCAUGUUGAAGAUUUUGUAAGACUCACCACUCCGGACACAGACAUUUCACUGGUUUUUAUUAUGAGCAAAUAUAAGUUAAUGCCAUCGCUACUUUAAAGUUAUUUUUUAAAGUGUAAGAUUGGAGGAGAGAAGCCAGCUGAACAGCUAGCUAAAAAAUGGUCUUAGAUACUUGAUGCCUUUUCAACCUUAAAAAAAAUGAAGUUAUUUCAUCACAAGAAGAUGUCAGACAAUAUUUUCCAACAGCUUAAGCAUAGUUUUUUCAGACAUUACUGCUGGGUCAGCAGCAGGUCCCUGCUCACCCUGCCUGUCAGGAAUGUGUGUGAAUUCUCUCUGAAUGCUUGCAGAAUCUCCGGGAGGAGCAGUGAGCAUGACAGCCCAAUCUUCUGCUGAUAAUCCGAGGCAAUGGGACGAAAUGGCACAGCGGUGGCUCUCCUGCUCUCGUGUUUUUUAAAGAUGCUUGUCCUUCACCCUUGUGUCAGACCAGUCAUGGCAGUUGUACUUUCUGAAAGAUGACUCUUGAGCCUUAAAACCCAGGGAGACAGGUGAAAAGCCGUGUGUAUUUUUAUAGCAAAGAGCAAAUGAAGAUAUUUUACCACAGAGACCUUGCUUCUACUUGAGAAUAGUAUAAUUUUUUACUUCCUCACUAAUUCUGAAUAAAGGUCUAAUGGCCACAGUUUAAUUUCCAAAACUUUUCAGGUUAGUUGAAAACUGAUUCUCACUAAUCUGUUAAUUUAUUAUCUCCAUGUAAAUCACCUGUUCUCGGGCUGUUCCGCUUUGAGUGAAGUGGGCUCAUUGAACACUUUGAUCCAUGUCAUAUUCUUAUAAAUUAUGCUCACUUUCACAUUUUACUUUAGUUUUAGCUAAGGAUUUCAGAAAGAACUGUGAGGCUGGGGUGUGACCUGAUUGCUAGAUCUCCAGAACCACUUCCCCCCAGGUGUGGCAGCACCUGGCUGGUGUUCCAAGGACUUAGAAGGUGGAGGCAGGAGGAUCAAGAAGUUCAGGGUUUCCCUUGGCUAUGUGGUAAGCUUGAGGCCAACCUGGGCUAUGUGAUACUCUAAAGAGAGGAUGGAAUCUAACAUAUCUCUGCCCUCUUAAAAUUCUGAGUUCCAUGUUACUGCAGAGGCCUGUUGGUGCCUCUACCCUCCAGCUCCAUAUGGUAGAGAAUGGGUCCCUUUCAUUAAAAGCCAAGCCUCUGGCAGCCAGAAUCUCACAGCUUCUUGUGACCUUUAAAACCUUUGCUGAGAACAUGGACUGUCUGUGCCGCAGCUGGAGUAUAAAGUCAAGUCUCUCCAGCUGUUGCGAAGUCUGCACUGGCAGCAGUGAGGCUUGAACCUCUGUGCCCUGUGUGCCAGCUUCCUGCCACCUAUGGUGCUGAGCCUGCUGGUGGCUGGAUGAGCCUGUGUCGCCCAGUGUAGACCUGCUCUUACCCAUAUCGGGUGUCACCCCAUGUCACUUUUGUUACUGUGCCCCCAGGGUCUUUGGUCACCACAGAGAUAAUUGCUUCCAGGGACAAGAGCCAAAUUGGAGAUGCAGUUUCUGCCAUAUUUACUGUCCCUGUUGUCAACUGUGAUGGGGCCUCUUUUCUAACUGGCAUCUCUUACCUGAGUACAGAACGCAGAACAAGAGUGACUUCUCAGUUGAAGCCUGCCACAGUUAUAUAGAAUGUCCUUGCAUAAAUGGAAGACACUCCUUUCAUGAGUCCUCUGGAAAUAUAAUUGGUAGUAUCCUCACAGGGGACACGAACAGCUGUCUGGCAGUGUCACAUGAUCAUCUUCCUAGAACAAUGUCAAUGGAUCCAUGUCACAUAGACUUAUGCUGGUGGGAAGGCCCGAUGUGGCCAGUAGAGGCAUGCAAAGGGCUUUGAGCUCCUGCACGCUCCCUCCUCCAUGGGACCUGGGACAGACUCAAGGCUGUGUUUCCCCCAAACCCUCCCCUGGCCUUGGUUCUGGAAUGGGUCUGUAUGCUUUGAGAUAUUAAUGCACCCGAGCAGGCCUUGGCCUUGCCACCCUCUUGCCUUAGUCUCAGAUGGCACCCCAGGUGUACAGUGCUGGCCAUGGGUAUAAUGACAUUCAGGCCCAGUGUUCCAUCCACAAUAGUGUAAUAAGGCACAGACUAACCACUGGUAACUUACAGGGCUGGCACACCAAGCUGUGAUUUAGAGUCUGAACAAGUUUUGGAAAAUAAAAACAAAACCAGCUCCAAGAUCACAUUUCUCCAUGGAUGGCAUAAGUCUGGGUUUGCUCACACGGGCACACUCUCCAGACGGGCCUGAAGACCUCUCGUGAUGCUGUGAGGAGACAGUUUGCAGUAAACACUCGGCCCACCGCAGACUGCUGCUCUAACACAUCGAGAAGCCCUCAGACAGUGCAACUCUACAGGACAAUACAUCAAGGCUGCGUUCUGGAGCUGGGACCUGGGGUGAAAGCUACGGGGAGCGCAAUAACUGCACUGUACUGAUGGAUGCAUGGAAGGACUAAUCUGCCUGUCAGUAUUGAACUUCUUUUUGCUAGUGACAAAAUAAAUGUAUAUUUUUGAGAUGCCA